CGUACGGCGGCUGCUGACGGCAGUUGAAGCGACGCGGGCCGACCCGCGGGUCAUGAUCGUCACCGACCCACGGGUCUUCUUCACCUUGUACCCUGCGGUCCAAGCAGCGGGACUCAGGUGUGCGCACCUGCCACAAGCCCUAACCAGUGCGCUGCUGAAAUCAUCAUCAUCGUCCGCGGCUAAGAGUGCAACAGGUGCCCGCCUUACCGGUGGAGGCGGUGGCGGCAAGGGUGAUACCCGGAAUGAGCGAGACGUGGCUGGAGGGCAGGAGCAGGAGCGGGAGCAGGAGCGGGAUGCUGACACGGGUGGUGGUGAGGACGCGGCGGCUGAGCUGCAGCGACUGGGGAAGCAGGUGGAGGCAGCGGCACAGCCGGGCAGCUGCCUGUUUGUGAGCCACGGCACGUCUGCAUGCGCUGCCUUCCCGCUGUCAGCCUUCCAUGCGGCUAUCAUCAUGGCUCCCGACCGGCCUUCUUCGUG